GCAUGCUGGAUCCAACGCCCAAACUUCUUCAGCCAGGUGCAAAACGGGCUCGCCUCCAUAUCAUUAGAAAAUUGUGAGCAGGAAAAUCCACCAGAAGACGAUUCAUAUAUUUACGAUGGCAUCAUUCAUCAUCCGUGACGUCCAAGUCUUCACAGGCGAGGAAAUAAUUCCAGAAGGCUUCGUGUAUGUCCAAAAUGGCAAGAUCGCAGCUGUUGGACCUGCCUCAAGUAUCCCGACAACCUCUGUUAAGGUCUAUUCUAAACCAGGUCACACGUUACUCCCCGGCUUUAUCGACUGCCACAUCCACGCCGACAUGGCAAAUCCCGUCGCGCUGCCCCAGGCUCUUAGGUUCGGGGUCACAACAGUCUGUGAAAUGCACAACGAACUCGGAAAUGUCCAGAAGUUGAAGAAGCAGACCCAGGAACCAGAUACGGCAGGAUAUAAAACGGCAGGCCAAGCGGCGACUAUUGAAAAUGGGUGGCCGAUUCCCGUUAUUGUAGCCCAUGAUAAGAGUGAAGAGACGGCGGCGGAAAUCGCAAAAUGGCCCAAAUUGAGUAACCGCGAGAAUGUGGUUGAAUAUUUGGAGUGGUGUAAGAGAGAGAUGCAGCCGGAUUAUAUCAAGUUGAUGCAUGAGUCAGGUAAGAGUUUGGGAUUCGAGUUGACAUAUCCAAGCGUGGAGCUGCAGACGAUGAUUGUGACGGAGGCAAAUAAGAGGGGGUAUUUGACGGUUGCGCAUGCCCUAUCACUGAAAGAUACACUGGAGGUGUUGGAGGCGGGGGUGAAUGGGUUAACGCAUACCAUUUGCGAUCAGCCGCCAACGCAGGAGCUAGUGGAGGCAUACAAGAAGAAUAAUGCGUGGUUGAACCCGACUUUGGCGGCGAUUGGGAGCUUGACAACCGAGGGGCAGGAUAUUCAGGAGCGGUUUGCGCAUGAUACGAGGGUGGAGGGCCUUAUUGGAGAGAAAGAGAAGGGACAGUUGUGCAAGUGCAUGGCUUUUGCGGUGAAGACGGGCAAGGCAGAAUAUGCGUAUGAGAGCGUGAGGAUGCUGAGGAAGGCGGGGAUUGACAUUGUUUGUGGGAGCGACGCAGCCGGUCCAGCAGUAGGGACGGCAUGGGGACUCUCUGUCCACCAGGAGCUUUACCUCUUCGUGCAUAAGGUUGGAAUGACUCCGGAAGAGGCUCUGCGAUCAGCGACGAGCGUCGUGGCGAGGAGGUUCAAGUUCUCGGAUCGUGGCAGACUGGCGGAGGGGUUGAACGCGGAUCUGCUCUUGGUUGAGGGAAACCCUUUGGAGGAUAUUGAUGCCACAUUGAAUAUUCGCGGCGUCUGGCGCGAUGGAGCGCUUUGCAGCGCGCACAAGUCCAAAAUGGGUAAUUGAGAGGCAUAAUGGGCAGAGAGGAAUGGUGCAAGGCGCUUGACAGGGCAUUUCUAUGCUCAAGGCAGAAUAUCGAUGUAUUUUCAGUCACAAUGAGUGUAGACAUGAGGAGACGGGGUGUGCAUUAAAUUGUUCCAAUUGUUCCAAUUUGUCCAAUUUAUGUUUUCU